CACACACAGAUGUGGUCUAUCAUUCGUGCGUCGCACGCGUCCUUUCUGUUAAACGACGCCCAGUUCUCGCGUAUUUAUAACUGAAAAUAAAUAAAUAAUAAUUCCAAUUGUGAACGGAACACCCCAGUGAUGCUUAUCAAAACAUUCUAAUAAAUGCCAUUUUAACGGUUCGUUUUAAACAAUGAUUGUUUAAAUACUUUUUAAGGUUAAGUUUGUUGAACUUUUUACGACGUAUGGUGACGAUAAAUAUCAGUGACAAAUGCAGUCAGGGAAAAUGUCUGAACGCUUCAAAGUGACCAAACAUGAUGAGCCUUCAGGAAAGAACUAUAAGAACUAUGGUGCUACAUCAGCCGAGAGUGACAUGGAACUGAAGGGGAAACUGCUUCCCGAUUCAGGAGAUACCGAUGACCUGGCAAAAGAAAAGGAUAAAUGUUGCGACACGAAUCUGUACCUUUACCAUGAUGAGAUCGAGGACAGACCACGCGCCGCUACCUUUCUCAGUUCCCUGGCGGACUACUCCAACACAAUACCCACGGCUUCCGCAGCUGAUCCCGAUGCACCAAAACCGGCUCCCCCAGCACGGAUGGGCACUCUCAUCGGUGUCUACCUACCUUGUAUUCAAAAUAUCUUUGGCGUUAUUCUAUUCAUCCGUCUCACCUGGGUUGUUGGCACAGCCGGGGCUGUUUAUGGCUUCUUUAUUGUUCUCAUUUGCUGCUGCGCGACUAUGUUAACGGCUAUGUCGAUGUCUGCAAUCGCAACGAACGGUGUUGUACCUGCAGGCGGCUCCUACUUUAUGAUUGGAAGAUCUUUGGGCCCGGAAUGUGGAGGUGCAGUCGGCAUACUGUUCUAUAUUGGGACAACACUUGCUGCAGCCAUGUAUAUCGUUGGUGCUGUUGAAAUUGUAUUGACAUACAUGGCACCGUGGAUGUCAAUAUUUGGAGAUUUUACUAAAGACCCUGAAGCAAUGUUUAAUAACUUUCGAGUGUAUGGAACUGGACUACUUUUGAUUAUGGGAUUGAUUGUCUUUUUGGGAGUUAAGUUUGUGAAUAAAUUUGCUACGGUUGCCCUCGCUUGCGUAAUCCUGUCAAUAUCAGCCGUUUACGCCGGAAUUUUUGUUAACUUUAAUGGGAACGACAAGCUACAAAUGUGCGUACUAGGUAAAAGAUUAUUGAAGGACAUUCAUAUCGACAACUGUACGAAAACUGUUGGCGGUGAAUUAGAGCAAAUAUUCUGCCCUAAUAAUACUUGUGAUCCUUACUACCAAACCCAUGAAGUCAGUAUUGUUCAGGGCAUUAAGGGUCUAGCAAGCGGAGUCUUUUUCGAUAAUAUACCAAAUUCGUUUCUCUCACUUGGUCAAUACAUAUCUUACGGAAAAGAGCCCGAAGACAUUGAACAAAUGGAACGUCCAACAUUUAAUCAAGUAUUUGCCGAUCUUACGACUACUUUUCCUAUUCUAAUCGGAAUAUUCUUUCCUUCUGUCACGGGAAUUAUGGCUGGUUCAAAUCGUUCCGGAGAUUUAGCAGAUGCUCAAAAAAGUAUACCAAUAGGAACAAUAUGCGCUAUUUUGACAACAUCAGUGGUAUAUUUAUCGUCCGUCUUGUUAUUUGCUGGAACCGUGGACAAUUUACUACUUCGUGACAAAUUUGGCCAGUCUAUUGGUGGUAAACUGGUAGUAGCUAACAUGGCCUGGCCCAAUCAGUGGGUGAUACUAAUUGGAUCCUUCCUCUCAACGCUUGGAGCUGGUCUACAAUCUCUCACCGGAGCUCCCCGGUUACUCCAAGCCAUUGCAAAAGAUGAAAUUAUACCAUUCCUGGCACCUUUUGCUGUAUCAUCGAGUCGAGGCGAACCAAUACGAGCUCUUCUUUUGACGAUGAUUUUAUGUGAAGGUGGUAUACUGCUUGGAAACGUUGAUAUUUUGGCACCUUUAUUAUCUAUGUUUUUCUUAAUGUGCUACGGAUUCGUAAACCUGGCGUGUGCUCUACAGACAUUACUGAAAACUCCAAACUGGCGACCCAGAUUCAAAUACUAUCAUUGGUCACUAUCAAUUGCUGGUUUGGUUUUAUGCAUUUCAAUUAUGUUUAUGACAUCAUGGUUCUACGCACUCAUUGCUAUGGGAUUAGCGGGAGUAGUAUACAAAUAUAUUGAAUAUCGAGGUGCUGAGAAAGAAUGGGGCGAUGGUCUUCGAGGAUUAGCGCUAUCUGCUGCUCGGUAUUCUUUAUUGCGUCUGGAGGAAGGACCUCCUCACACCAAAAAUUGGCGUCCACAAGUACUGGUUCUUGCUAAACUGAAUGAGGAUCUUAACCCGAAAUACCGGAAGAUGCUUGCAUUCGCGAGUCAAUUAAAAGCUGGCAAAGGUUUAGCAGUUUGCGUAUCGGUCCUUGGUGGUGACUACACCCGACGAGCUGGAGAGGCUUCGACAGCUAAGCAAAAUCUGCGUAAAUGCAUGGAAGAAGAGAAAGUUAAAGGAUUCACCGAUGUGCUCGUAGCUAAUAGCAUUGCUGACGGACUAAGUCAUUUCGUCCAAACUACUGGUUUAGGAGGCUUGAAGCCCAAUACAGUAAUUGUUGGUUGGCCGUACGGCUGGCGACAGUCUGAAGAUGAUCGCACUUGGCAUGUUUUCCUCAACACUGUCCGGGCCGUCACAGCUGCAAGAAUGGCCAUGCUUGUACCUAAAGGCAUCAACUUCUUUCCAGAUUCAACUGAAAAGAUAUCUGGUAAUAUCGAUAUCUGGUGGAUAGUUCACGACGGCGGCAUGUUGAUGUUGUUACCUUUCUUACUAAAACAACACCGUACGUGGAAAAACUGUAAAAUGCGUAUUUUCACUGUAGCGCAAAUGGAAGAUAACUCGAUUCAAAUGAAAAAAGACCUUAAAAUGUUCCUGUAUCAACUUCGUUUAGAAGCAGAAGUCGAAGUUGUAGAAAUGACCGACAGCGACAUUUCCGCCUACACAUACGAACGAACUUUAAUGAUGGAACAACGAAACCAGAUGCUGCGCGAACUAAGACUAAACAAGAAGGAGACUAUGGGAAUGAUGCAAAAUUUGGUGGACUAUCGUGAACAAACCGCUGAGGAAAAGUUACCUCUGGUUCAAGCCAUAGUUGACCAUCACCACGCUGAUAUUAAGACAGCAAGCAAAGUACGAUUUGCAGAUCCAGGCAGCGAACCGAAUCCGAACGAUGCACCUUCCCCUCCAUUAGCUGACAGUGACGAAAAGGAACACGAUGACAAGUGUGAGGGAGCUCCUUCGCCACCUCCGGACGCUGAAAAGAAAGAUGGCAACGCUAAUGGUGACGCGCUCAACCCAAAACCUAAUUUGACCAGUAUUACACCUGAUGAGGGUACAGUUCGACGCAUGCACACAGCGGUUAAAUUAAACGAAGUUAUCGUGUCUCGAUCCCAUGACGCACAAUUAGUCAUACUUAACCUGCCUGGUCCUCCUCGUGACACCAAACUUGAAAGGGAAUCAAACUAUAUGGAGUUCCUAGAGGUGUUAACUGAGGGAUUAGAAAAGGUUUUAAUGGUACGUGGCGGCGGUCGGGAGGUGAUCACCAUUUACUCGUGAAUAUGUUGCCGUCUGAUCCGUAUUUCGAAAAGGCAAUAUUACAGAUUUCGUGCGUUUUUAGAUACUUCACGAAAUAACUUCAAAAUCACGUAUCAUAUUCCUUAAUUAUUAAACUUUAAAAAAAAGUGUAAAAUCAGCAUUUUGCAGAAUUUUCUUGAUUCUGAUUUCUUUUAAAAUGUACCGCAAUUGAACGUGUAAGUUUUGUUACAUGGAUUUGUUAUGAAGUUUAUUUAAUGAUGUGUAUUUUCUGUCUGUGUAGAAAAUUUAAGUAAAUUGUAUUAAAUUGAAUUACUUAUUCUAACGAGGAGCCUUACUUAGAUCUAGUUCUAAGUUGGUUUUGUUAUAGUCUAGCGAGUAGCGAUACAUUUGUUACAGAUAUGCCAUAUCGUUUUUAAUUUUACGAUUGUUAUACUAUCCUUCGACUUUAUUUUUUCUAUCGAUUUUAAGAAUAGCUAUUUUAUAGAUUUAGAAUUUACAAUCUUAUGAAUUCUGUAUUUAAUGUAAAUACUAAUUCUGUUCUUAAGACGUCUGCUCAACUUUAAAAUAAUCUUUGGACUGAGAAUAACAUUUUAUUUAUCCAAUGAAAACAUUAAAAGGAUUGGACUACUCAAUCUAGUCAUUUUAAGGCUGGUUCCAAGAUUCAUGAACUAUAUACAUUAAUAAGAAACUAACAUAUAAUAUUUCGGAACAGGUACAUUAACUGGCUAAUAAUUAUCUUCAACAGCUAAAAUGACUACUUAAAUGAUAAUACAUUUUCAUUGUUUAAUCAAUUUUAGGCCAAAAAUGUUGGCCUACAAAAAAUCUUUGCUUAUUAGAACUAUCUGCCAGCCGUACAGUACCUACUUACUUGUCUUACGACUAAGAAAUAAAGUUAAUAAAAUAGUACUACGUUUUACGUAUGAAAAGCUAUAUAUUGUUUUAAUGCUAUUGGCAGAUAGAUUCAUAACGAAUUAGAAAAUCAUUAUACAAUGCAAAGUUUUAUUUAAAAAUUUACGCAGGUCUCUUUACCUUUAGAUGGCAACACGUAACUAUAGUGUUUUACUCAUAAACUUUUUGCGCACAUUCGCGUAGUUAGAAGAUUUCUUACUGUGAUCGUUUAUAUACCGUUUUGUCAUUUUGUAAGAUUAAUUCAUUGUGGCAGAAUAUCUUGUAGUUUAAGCAGAAAUAGAAUAGCCUAAGCUAACUGGAUUAUCUAAUAAUCUUAAUUGUAUUUGUCUAUAGGUAUUCUAUUAGUAAUAUAAACUAUACCUAAAAAUAAGAUUAUUAAACUCUACCUUCGGAUACCUAUAACAUUCCAAAACUUUUUUAAGUAUAUUUGAGGUGACUUAAAAAAAGAAGUAUCUUGUACAAACAUUUAUUGCUUUUAAGAUAAGCAUAAAAUUAUAUCUUCAUAAGAAACAAGUACUCAGUAUUCUGAGGUGUGUUCCUCAGAAUGUUUUAAGUCAAUGGCAAGCAACUGCCAGUAGCAUCACAGUUAAAUUAACAAUAAGAAAGAGUUGGAUUAAAGUAAAAAACGUCAAUUUAUUUACUAUAACAUUUACUUAGUUAAUCAUUCUUAUGUGCAAAGAGCGUUAGAUGACUGCCAAACUAAGUAUUGAUGUUGUAAAAAACAUAGAAAAUAAGAUGAUAAUUUUAAGUACCUAAUAUUGGUUGACAUUUGGAGAUUCUAGUUGAUUAGAUUCAAGCGAAUAUUAGAUGUAAGGAUGAUGCAUGAUAUCACUUUUUGUAGAAAUCAUACUCAUAGUAAUGGUAAUAAGGUAAAUAGUUAUUCCUUCCUCUUUAUUAGUGUUCUUGUAGAGAUCACAAAACAAACAUCUUUAAGUCGAGUUAUAUUACGUUUUCGAUCUACUUACCUGAAAAUUCUGUUUUAGAAGCCUUGUUCCAGUGAAUUCAUCAAAACUUUUUAUUCCAGUUAUAUAGAUGAUAAAUUAUCGUUACAAACACAAAAAAAUAUUUUAAUUUGGCAAACUUACUUUUUGUUCUUCAAUAUUCACGAAGAGUCUACGAAGCGGCUAUAGCCAUUAUGAUGCAUUUUGCCUUUAGAUAGUGAUAAAAGAAAACAUAAUAAUAUAAUUAUUUAAAAAUGGAAAUAUGAAAAAAAUACCUUAAUCAAAUUAAGUACCUAAAAUAGGUGUAUGCUAUUCUAUUUAAUUACUAAAACAAAUAAUUAUUUUACUUCGAGUAAAAUAAAUUAUCACUAAGUGAUGUUUACCGCAAAUAAAACUUCAAAUAAUUUUAUGAAAACGUUGUAAAUUGACAAAAAUAUAUGUACAAUAGUUUAUUUUAAACGAAGAGCUUAUAAAUGAAAUUUCCUAAUGACUACUUCCUUCAAACUUUUAUCACGCAAAGCAAAAAAUAGAGAUAUUUUUGAAGGAAUGAUAAUAAAAUCUAUUCUUUAAAUAAGCAAGAGAUAUAACACAGAAUGCAUAUUAACCAAAUGAGAUCGUACGCUUACAAUGUUUAUUAUUACUGCAUAAUUCGACACAAAUAUUUUAUUUGUAUAGAUUUUUGCGACGAUUAUAAUUAUAUGAUCAUUCACCAACACCGGAUUCUGCUGUUAAUGGAAGUUCGCUUUAUGGCAUCCAUUAUUAAGUGUGCCAAAUGUCAAAUUUACAUUGCAUUUCAUUACUCCUAUGCUAUGUACCUGACAUACCGUAGAUUGUGAAUAUUGUGUAGAAAUUAACACAAUGUGGUAAUUUAACGGUAUUUAUCACAAAAAAUACUUUAUAUUGAUUUAUGUCCAACAUUUUUUUAUCAAUACGUAUGUUUUAUUGCUGAAGACGUCACGGUUACAUCUAAAUUAUUAAAGCACAAUGCCAUCACAACCGGUUAUCUGUGCCAUUAGUGUAAUGAAAUGAAAGUAAGGUGUUGCUUAAAGGAAUCCAUAAUUUAAACGUGUUUAAGUAGGUAAUCGUUACUAGAGUCAUCUGUUUAUUGUAUCUAUUAUGUGACCUGUAUUGUUAAAUAAAAAUUCCCUAAUUAGAUUGAAGGCUGUGAGCCGACUAAAUAAAUGAUCGAUCAAGCUAGAGCCGCUGUGAUACAACAUAUGGCUAUAAAAAUAGAAUUCGUACUUUAUAUUAUUUAUGUUAUUACCUUUAUCAAUAACUAAUUAAAAUUGCAAUCGCUGUACCUACUCGUAUUUGAAACGUAAAACAUUCUAAUUCGAUUGUAUGUUAUUUAUUCAUAGUUUGCUUUCAUAGCUUUUAAGUAAACAGUCUCAUUACGCAAUCUUGAUUAAAAAUAUUUCCCCUUACCUACCCACUGAUAGGCGUAUAUCAAGACGGGCCGUGACUAUCCAAGGAUGUACGAUAGAAAGAAAGCCAAUUGGAUUACUUUUGUAGUUUGAACAUUAUUAUUUAUAAUUAUGCCAUAUUUUGACACUGCGUUAUGUUUAUUUUAUAUAGAUUCUGUUAUUAUACAAUAUUUUAAACUAUUAAAAAAAAAUAAUUAGUGUCUAAAGUGUGGAAAGCUAUUUCCACUGUAUAAGCUAAGAAAUUAUUAAAAAUACCUUUUCAAAUAAUAACUCUAGCAAAUUAGCCAGUGAUUACAUUCUACAAUAAGAAAAUGUUAUGAAUAUAAUAAAGUAAUUAAAUUAA